AAUGCACCAUAUUUUGACGAGAACUUGUUUGUUUUGUUUUUGCCCUGAGGACGAGGAAAUAUAUCCUUGAAACGUUGGCUUUGACAUAAUAAAACGUGUUUUAAAGAAACCCGUGACCGAAAUUGCCAUCAUUGAACCCAUUAACUAUUUAUUGGUCAAACACCGCUUAACAUAAAACAGCAAUGGCGUCGAACGUAAACCUUACCACUUCGUUCUACAACAGUUUACCACCAUCACACCGAAAACUGUACAAAAGCUACGCCCAGACGGUUAACAAGCUGAGCGCCCAAUGCAUAAGGAAAGAUUUUCUCCGACGAUGUAAAAAGUUUGGCUUACACCCCACACACAUACAAAACACCUUCCGCUGCAUAAACGGAUUAUUGGAGGAUGCCAGUCCAUACAGAGGGAAGCUGGAGAAGGCGAUGGACCGUUUCAAACGCACGAUCCUGAACGUCGAAAUCAGCGAUAGUUUUCACAAAAUCAAAACGCUAGAGAAAACGAAAGCUACCCUCACGAGCAAAAUCACGCAAGUAUCCCCCUCUAACACAUACACACAUUUCUUCGAGCGCCAGGAAACAUUCUUUCAAAGAAAAUGUCGAUCGUUGCAGAUUACGACGAGCCGCAAAUUUCAACGUCUCUACAAAACAGUUGAAAUUGAAAAAGCAAACAAACUCAAAGUGAACGAUUCUUGGGUUAAAAACAUCACAGAUGUUGUUAUUCCCCAAGAAACGAUGGUUCUUUUGGGCUAUGGUCCCAAGUUCGCCUUGCCGUUGGAAAAUAAUCAAGAAAUUCCAUAUUUCAAGAUUAUCGCGGACUUGGAAUCAAUUCUACAGUCCGAAAGAGAUGAGAGUUUGCAAAUGGUUUGUCGCAAUCAGUACAUCAACAUAAUUCAAAAUCAUAUGAACAGGCUAACGAACGGUGGUCAUACAUCACCACCAGACACUAUCAAUCGUUUUUUGAUCGAAGCAUUUCACGUCAGCAAAAAGUUCAUCCGAGAAAAUCCAGACUUAUGUGUUGUAACCGCCGAUAAGGGUAAUAAAACAGUUAUAAUGAAGAGAGAAGAUUAUGAGUCAAAAAUGAGAGCCCUUAUUGACGACAUCGACACAUACGAAAGGAUCGACGCGGAUUGGACAAGCAAAAUUCAAACGAAAAAUAACACGCUGGUGAAAUCACUAUUCGACCAAAAAAUGAUUGAUCAACCCACCAAGAAUCGGCUAACUACAUACAACGCGACUUGCCCUAAAAUUUAUGGACUACCUAAGAUUCAUAAAGACGGCAUUCCACUGAGGGUCAUACUGUCAUGCAUAAACUGCCCAACAUAUGAUCUCUCAAAAUACCUUGCUAGCAUUCUGCAUCAUUCGAUAGACCACGAGAAAUAUAACGUACGCAACUCAUAUGAGUUCUGUACGUUUAUUAACAACGUCACACUUCCCCCCAACUAUGUAUUGGUAUCGUUUGAUGUGGUGAGCCUGUUCACUUGCAUACCGAGAGACUUGGUGGUACAAGCGGUGAGAAAUAAUUGGAACUUGAUCGAGAAAAAUACGACGAUCAAAGAUCAAAAUGUUUUUAUCAAGCUCAUUGAGUUUAACAUCUCGUCCAGUUAUUUCACCUUCCGUGGGGCCUAUUACCGGCAAAAGGAGGGGACAGCCAUGGGGAAUCCUUUGUCACCUGCUUUAGCUGAUCUUGUAAUGACUACAUUACUUGAUGAUGUGCUUGCGAAGAUCGAUGUACACAUUCCAUGUAUUAAAAAAUACGUCGACGAUUUGUUCACCGCUCUCCCAGCUGACAAGAUUGAAUAUGUGAGGAACGCUCUCAAUGGGUUCGACUCACAUAUUCAAUUCACAUAUGAGGUAGAAAAUAACAACCGUUUACCGUAUUUAGAUAUGGUUCUUAUUAGAACCAACGAACAAAAAAUCGUGACCGAGUGGUAUAAGAAACCUGUCGCUUCCGGGAGAAUUCUUAAUUUUCUCUCGAUGCACCCGCUGGCACAGAAAUUGAAUACGGCAACCGGUUUUAUUGGGAGAGUGUUUCGAUUAUCGACGAACAAAUCGCUCACGGAAAAUAAGCAGAUAGUACGCGAGCACUUGCUUACCAACAACUAUCCGAGCUCACUGAUAAAUCGGUUAAUCAACAGAUUUAUCAACCAAAGCACGAAUAACGUUGUUGAGGAAGUAAACUCGGAACCAAAAGUAUAUCGAUCUUUGCACCAUGUUGACGGCCUCACACCCGCACUUGCACGCAGCAUUAAAAAGAACCAUGAAAAUAUCAGUCUGAGUUUCAAAUGCGUCAAAACCAACAGACUACUUUUCACGAAACUCAAAGACUCUUCUUCGCAUCUUUCAAAAAGAAACGUUAUAUACCGUAUCCCGUGUGCAGACUGCGAUAGCUCAUACAUUGGUAUGACUACACAGCAACUGAAGAACCGUCUUGCCGCGCACCGCUCUCUCAUGAAACGCUACGAACAGUAUAGAGAUUCUAGCACUGAGAGGGAGGGAAGGGAAGAUGAGUUUAAAAAGACGGCGUUGAUGAAGCAUGCGAUAGAAGAGAAUCACAGUUUCAAUAUAGCCAACACUAGAAUUUUAACUUCGGAUGACAGGAUUCAAGCAUUACAGGUGUUAGAAAUGUGUUACAUCGCAUGUGACAGAUCCGCAAUAAAUUAUAGAACGGACACGAACAACUUAAGCAUCGCUUACUCCGGCACGCUGCGAUCUCUCACAUGUUGAUGCAGACUGCUACAGUCUCUAGCACUCUCUAUCUCUGUCUUGCAACAUUAUUUCUCCCCGUUUUGACGCAACAUUUCCCG